CAGAACGCGCGGAGGAGGACGCAGACGCAGAGGAGACACACAGGAGACAAAGGAGACACAGAGGAGACAGAGGACAGGAGCCACGAGCAGGUUUUAAAGAUGUCAGAUGUAAAGACCAUGCAGACGUGCCACUGUGGCUGGUCUAAAGUUACGACGUACCACGGCCUGAGAACUCACCAGGGGAAAAGUGGAUGCACCCCAAAAGUGACCCCGACCCGCACACAGCAAACUAACUUCAGUAGUUACACACCCAGAUCCACCUGUGCUCCCCCUGCUGUUCCUCGUGUUCACCACCAGGGGUCUGACGACUUCAUUUUCAGACGUGAUGAUGUGGUGACGAUCAAAGAAGACGAGAUGUCAGAUGUAAAGACCAUGCAGACGUGCCACUGCGGCUGGUCUAAAGUUACGACGUACCACGGCCUGAGAACUCACCAGGGGAUAAAUGGAUGCACCCCAAAAGUGACCCCGACCCAGGGGCCUGACGACUUCAUUUUCAGACAAUUACUUGGUGUGAUGACAAGCAAAGAAGCCGAGGCUCUUCAGGGACAGCUGUCAAGCAUUUCCAACUCAUUUGAUGCGUCAUCAUUUAGCCGAUUGUUUGAAACAAAAACUCCACAAACGUCUAGUCCUCCAUCUACGAACACGGACAUGUUUGGGUCUCAAUCAAAAGCAGCCACCGAAGUCGUCAAAAAGGAAAACAAGCCAAUAUUUGGAGCACCAGCAGCAUCGACCUUUAGUUUUAAACCCAGAACUUCACCGAACGCAUUUGAUCCAAACAAAACACAGAUGUUUGGGCCUGAAUCAAAAGCAGCCACCGAAGCCGUCAAAAAGCCAAUAUUUGGAGCACCAGCAGCAUCGACCUUUAGUUUUAAACCCAGAACUUCACCGAACGCAUUUGAUCCAAACAAAACACAGAUGUUUGGGCCUGAAUCAAAAGCAGCCACCGAAGCCGUCAAAAAGCCAAUAUUUGGAGCACCAGCAGCAUCGACCUUUAGUUUUAAACCCAGAACUUCACCGAACGCAUUUGAUCCAAACAAAACACAGUCUGAAUCACUGAAUACUUUCACUGCGCCAUCGGAAGUUUCCUCAAUGGAUUUUGGAACAGAAACUGUACAAACAUCUACUUUCCCAGCUGCGAACAUGGGGCAGCCGCAGCCAAUGAUGUUUGGGCCUCAAUCAAAAGCAGCCACUGAAGCCGUCAAAAAGCCAAUAUUUGGAGCACCAGCAGCAUCGACCUUUAGUUUUGCACCCAGCCCUUCACCGAACGCAUUUGAUCCAAACAAAACACAGCCGGAGUCACUCAAUAUUUUUCCUGCACCAUCUGGAGUUUCCUCGGUGGAUUACGUUAAUGGACCAGCAGCGGCAGGUUUCAACUGUUUCAACCAAACCCAGGGACCUUUCGAUGCGCCUACCGCUCCACCACAGUUUGGAUUUUUCAACACUCAAACGCCCGCCGCUCACGAUACGACGCCAGCGGACAGAACGAGCGCCGGGUUGUUCGAAAACGUGCUGAUCUCGAACGUUCCACUGCAGGUAACCAAUUCUGCGCCGAGUACGGUCGCUACGGAGGCUUCAGCGGAAAAGGAAAACGAACCGCCAGCAUUUGGAUCAGCGCCGUCCUUCACUUUUACGGGAAACGCUCCGUUUGGGCAAAACAAACCACAGCCCAAACCAGGCAACAUCUUUACUGCAGCAUCUGGAGUCUCAUCAGUGCAUCAAAACGUGAGUCCACAGCAGAACUCUGGGUUUGGUGUCACACAGGAGGCGAUAUUUCAGACGCCCUCAUCAUCUCAGCCAGGCCCCAAAACAUCUGCACCUGUAGAGAAAGUUUUUGAGACCCCGACGCAGAACUGUCCCCCGUCUGCAGAAGAAGCAAACAGAACCAGGAGAGCGCUUGAUUUCUCCACAGGAGCAGCUCAGAAUCGCCAAAGAGAUUCACAGCCAGGACCAGGAACUCCAAAAGCUCCACCUCAGGAACCAAAGACAUUUUUUGAGACCCCGACGCAGAACUGUCCCCCGUCUGCAGAAGAAGCAAACAGAACCAGGAGAGCGCUUGAUUUCUCCACAGGAGCAGCUCAGGUUCAAACGUCCUUGACGGUUCCAACGACCGUAGCCGAAACUUUUCUGCUCCCUCUGCAAAAGGAGGAAGAAGUACAACAGCUUCAACGGGAGCAGAUGAAAGCCGAACUUCAACAGGAAAUUCGAGGGAGAGACCAAGAACUGUGUGAGAUCAGGGCACGUGUCAAGGCCUGCAAGGGCAGUUUGGACGGAGAGUGGCUCGAAAUUAACGCCGUGUUUUCAAACGUGAUUCACAUCGUGGAGGAGGCUCGUCAGAGAGCGCUGCAGCCGCUAGAAAACAGGAGAGAACGACUGAAAAGAGAUUCCCAAAGGCUGAUCAAGAAAAUACAGGAAGAGAUUGAGAAACUGGAAAACGCCAUACAGGAAGUGGACGCUGCUGCGGAUUUGGACAGUAUGACUCAUCCAAAGCUGAAGAUUAAAGACAAACAACGGAAUGUGAACACAGCGUUUUCCUUCGGGACUCUGCGGACUACGAUUUCAACCAUGAUGGAGCAAAUUCAGGAAGAAGUGGACCAGAUUUCUGCUUUAGAAAUCAAAAGAGCUCCAGCGUUUGCAGUGGACGUGAAGCUGGACCCUGGCACCGCUCACCUAUGGCUCAUUCUGUCCGAAGACGGGAAGGCGGUCCGAGAUGGCGGACAGUGUCAACAGCAGCUCCCGGCGAGGACGGGGCGGUUCGACUCGUUCGGGAGCGUCGUAGGGGCCGGUUCCUUCAGCUCGGGGAGGGCCUACUGGGAGGUGCAGGUCGGGGACAAAAGCGGAUGGGACCUGGGCGUAACGUCGGCCAAAGCGAACCGCCAAGGCAAGCUGAAACUGAGUCCAAACGGCGGCUACUGGGCGAUAGUUCACUACGAGGGGGAUAAGUACGCGGCCUUGACAGCGCCCCCUGUGUGUGUGCGGCUGAAGCACAAGCCGCAGAAGGUGGGCGUGUUUUUAGACUACGACGAAGGGCUGGUGUCGUUUUACAAUGUGACCGACUCGACUCAUAUUUACUCUUUCACCAAAUGCAGCUUUGACGACGGGGUUUUACCGUAUUUCAGUCCGCAUCCGGAAAAAAACGGUAAAAACGCAGCGCCGCUCGUCAUUACCCAAGUGAACGUCUAGAGCUGUAGUCAUGGAAACGAGGUAGCUAGAAAAAAUUCUCGUGAUUUAUUUUAACCUCGUCAACGCUGAACAAGAUCUAUUCCUCGAUGUAAAAGUGCUUUGUCUGCCUUGAAGUCGGAAAAGCGCUGGACAAAAAUGCAGAUUUAGCACUUCCUCUGCCUGGAAUGUUCCACGUUAUAACAUUAAACGUGUACAUAGUGAUUUUAUUGUGUUGAAUAAGAUGUAUCUUUACUGUGAGUGGAGUCACCUUUCCACAGCUCUGACCUGUAACUUGAUCUGGUGAUGUCAUUUUUUAAUUUUUUUUUGUUUUUCCAUGUAAGUAGAUGUUUAAUGUCAUACUGUGGGACAUUCUGGGUGAAGGGAAAAGAUCUCCAUGGCGACAAGCAGAUGGGGAAAUGUUACAAGUGCCAGUUACUAGAGAAAGUUUUGAAGGAAUUACUAUUA